CUUAAAAUUAAUCUCAUUUAGUAAAUAUAAACAUAACCUCCAAAUAAUUAUUGACAUAUACGUCAAUAAACUUCAAAAGACAUAACCUCAUAAAACACGUGAAAUGUCUGAAAAAAUUCAUAUUCGUUUAGCUACUGAAAGAGUGAAUUUUACGGUUGUUCCAGGUGGAAGAACUCCAAAAAUAUUUACUCCCGGUCAAAUAAUAACUCAACAAAACGAAUUUAUGCGAGGACAUGGUACAUAUGAAGAUGAUGGUUAUUUAAAAGCGUCUGUAGCUGGGGUAAAAGAAGAAGUAAAUAAAUUAAUUUCAAUCCGCCCCUUACAAAGUCGUUAUAACGGUGUGAUUGGAGAUGUUGUUGUUGGGAGAAUAACAGAGGUUCAACAAAAACGUUGGAAAGUUGAUACAAACUCCAGAUUAGAUUCUAUGUUACUUUUAUCGUCAGUUAACCUCCCCGGUGGUGAAUUAAGACGAAGAUCUGCUGAAGAUGAACACAUGAUGCGGAAAUACCUUCAAGAAGGUGAUUUAAUUAGUGCAGAAGUACAAAAUGUUUUUUCUGAUGGAAGUUUAUCUUUACACACAAGAAGUUUGAAGUAUGGAAAAUUAUCUCAAGGUAUUUUAGUGAAAGUUUCUCCAACAUUAAUUAAAAGAAGUAAAACAAGAUUUCAUAACCUCCCGAUUGGGGCUAGUAUUAUUUUUGGGAAUAAUGGAUUUGUUUGGAUUAGUCCUAUUGUAAAUACAGAAGAGGCAGGUGUGGGGGGAUUCACUCAAAAUUUGGAGGAGGUUGUUUCGAGAACUGAAAGGGAGACAAUUGCUAGGAUAAGAAAUUGUAUUUUAGCUUUGGCUCAAUGUAAAAUGAUGCUUUAUGAUACAAGCGUUUUGUAUGCUUAUGAAGAAUCGUUAAAGUAUAAUGUCGUUGAUUUAUUGGUACCGGAAGCAAUCAUCGAUGUGGGUAUUUUAACACGUCAACGAAUAAGUAUGGUUGCAGAAAGUUAAUAAAUGAAUUUUAUUUUUAA